GAGAGCUUUUAGCGCGACGUGCUACAGCCAAUCAGGACAUUGUUUUUCCCGACACGGCGAUAACGCGGAUAGUAAAACAAGGGAUUAAUUAACCAAACUCGAACUAAUACAAACAACGCGUUCUCGUUGCAAUUGUGCGAUAAUUCCGCUCAACUGACCGUCCCUUUGUCUUGCAGAAAUGUGGCGCUGUAACUCCAAGGAUACGCAACGUGGAUAACGUCGAGCUAACUAGCUUUAGCAUUGAACUGCUACUUCCUGUCGUUCACCGUAGGCCGCGAGCGAGCUGCAUCCUCCUCUUCAGUCGUCAUUGACGAUGUAAGUUACGUCAAGAGACGAAUAACACAAUCGCGCAAACACGACACUAAUCCGGUGUGUUGAUUCGGCGGUUAGUGGUUACGUUGAAGUUUCUCGUAAUUGAGCUCACGGGCUAGCUAGCUUGUUAGCUGUUUGGGCUAGCUCGCCAACAUGAGUGAACUGACAGAUUGCAAACCGAGCGCCGACUCAGAAUCGAGGAAAAGGUGUCCGUCACCGGACCACGAUGAGGGAGCCUCUAUUCCCAGUAAAUCUUCUAAAGUGGAGGAGGCAUCUAAUGAAGUACAGGAUGCCCCGGAACGAUGCAAAAACAGUGAGAGCACUGAAGCAACUGGGCAAGAGAGACAUUCAAAUCGUGAAGAGGAAGCAGAAAGCUCACAAAGUGUCCACAGCCCCUCUUCUGCACCUGUCAACAACUCCAAUUCCGCCGACCACAAAUCCAAGGAACCACAGUCCUCAAAGACUCAGAGAUGUGCUGAUGCGGAUGAUGCGGAUGCGAGCACGGGACCCAAGCCCAGUAAUCUUUUGGACCAAUCUGACUUAGCAGCCGCCGAAGCCCUCGCCAGCCUCACAGGAGGAGACGGCGAAGACAGCCGAGAGACUCCGUGCUCGUCCGAAAGAGCAAAGCAAGUCAAGCAAGGGAGCAAAGUCAAACAGCGUGGUGACAAGCUGCUCCUCAGAACACAUUCUAAAACAUGGGCAGCUGCCGCAGAUAGCUCCACAUCUGCGCACAGCAGAGACAUCGAGGAUGCAGAUAACUUGGCAAACGCGGGCCAAGGUGGCGAAUCCAUGUCUGGAUCUUCUUCCACACCGAGCUCCUCUUUCCUGUCCGAGAACGAGGACAAUGAGGACGGUGAGUGCGCCAUUGUGUCUGUUAAGAUGGCUCCCGAGAUGAGACAGUCAGUGGCUCUCCUGGCGCAGGUACAGAUGAGACUGGAAGCUCUUGAGAAGAAAAGCGCCUGGCUCCACCAGCGCCUGGAGCUGAAGAUCGGCCGCAUGCGGCGGCCUCAUCUCGAGCAACGUAGCUCCAUCACAAAAACCAUCCCUGGCUUCUGGGUGACCGCUCUACUGAACCACCCGCACCUCUCGGCUCACAUCGAUGAGACGGAUGAGGAUGCUCUCAGCUACAUGACUGAUCUGGAGAUUGAGACUUUCAAGAAUCACAAAGUGGGUUUCCGCAUCCGCUUCCACUUCAGACGGAACCCGUACUUCCAGAACAACAUCAUCAUGAAGGAGCUGCACCUUGGACUGGGAGCAACUCCCAUGUCCUUCUCCAAUCCCAUCCUGUGGCACCGCGGUCACAAUUUAAUGGCCCACAGCGAACCCAGGAAGAUGUCACGCGGCGUCUACCAGACGUUUUUCAGCUGGUUUGGAGACCACAGCAACCCCGGGCAAGACGAUGUAGCGCAGAUACUGAAGGACGACCUGUACAGGGACCCUUUGAGAUACUACCUCACGCCUCUUUGGCAGCCAAGAGAGAACGGCAGUGACGGCGACGGCACCGCAGCAGCUGACCACGGCAAUGGCGAUGACUGUGUGGUCAUCUCCGACUCAGACGAGGAAACUGGUGAGCCGGAACAAGGCCAUAGUGGCGGAGAGGAAGAAGAGGAGGAAAAAGAGGAGGAGGAGGAGGAGGAGGAGGAGGGGGGGGUGCCGAGUGCAGAUGAGAGCCACGAAGAAGGUGGAGGCGGAGAAAUUGUGAUCGACGGGUCAGAUGACACUGAGCAGGAUGAUGAGGCCUAAAGCAGUAAGUUAGGAAGGAUAGCGGCCGGGUAUGCCCGAACAUCUUCCUGAUGUUAGUUACAUUAUGCACACAAAAUAUCAUAUUUUUGUAAUGUAACAAAAUAUGAUCUUUAGAAGCUUUUAAAAUCAGGGUUAACUUAAUAAAGCCAAGGCAAGGUGACUUACGAUUUUAUAUGGUAUAUUCAAAUACAGUAUACUGUACAAAAGGAUUGCUUUUGGUGAACAAUUGUCCGGGAGCCAACUCUUAGCAAAGCAAACAAAUGACAAGAAUCUCACAGACAAUUGGAAGCAGCCAUUUUUACAUUUGGCAAUUUUACCUAUUGUAUUCCAUUCAAUUAUGUUGACCACAUGACCACAUUUCAGGAGUACUUAGAACUGAACCAUAAUGUGUUCUCAGGGAUGGGCCCAAACUCGAUUACACUAUUUGGGGCUGUGUGAGUAAGUAAACGUGUACUCUACUGUAGUAAAGAGAAGCAGAUAUUGUUUUAAUAAGCUUGUUGUGUUUCUUCCCUUGCUUUUCUACAUGUUAAUGCAGCCACCACCCCACGUAAUCACGGUGUGAUACUGCCAGUUAUUGUAUACUUUCAUCAGCAGAUUCUGCUGUAUCUGGAAUUUUGUCUUUUUUUCCCUUCUGUUGAUUAACAUUGGUUUUCACAUACUGUGUAAAAAUGCUUGGGAGUAUGUGUAAAAUUUGACUCUUUUGAGCAUAUUGAUGUUCUGACCCCGUCUUCAUGCCUGGUACUCGUGCAACUCUUAAUUUGAUUCUAUUCUGUUUGGACUGGACAGAACUAAGACGUGGCGUAAUUAUGUACAGUAUUUGUGUUUAUGUUCUGGCCCUGUAAUUGUGCAGCCCUUUCUCGCCACAGUCAGCAGUUUUGCUACAGUUUAGUGUACACUCUUUCCCUGCACUGUUUUAUUGACUAAAUGCAUAUUUAUUGACCAAUUCAUAAUGUUUUUAAACAAUAGGUGCCAGGAUACUUCAGGUGGUGGAACACGAGUGACACCACUGACCUGAAGCGAUAACAGCAGGCAUUAAUUUCUAUCUCUGGAAUUUAUGAGCCAGUCCCUGAAUGAUGUUAACUGUUUCUGAAUUUCAACCACAUUUAUUUUUGAAUCAACUUACCUGUUGAAGUAUAAAUUACAGCCGGCAUUAAAUAUCCCUUCAGCGGUUUACCUCACAUAACAUCUUUUUGACUGACCCUUCAAACGUUCAAACUACGGCAGCAGAGAAGAAGGCUAAAAUAGUCAUUCAAGCCAUUUCCCCCGUUUUCUAAAUGGUUCUAUCUUAGUCAAAUGACACGGAAGUAUUUGUUUACUAGUUGUGCCAUCGGUGAGCGUUUCAGAUUUUGCCACCCGUAAGAAUGUGUGAUGUCAUAGUGAAUUGUCAUAUUUUGAAAGAAUAGGACCAAGGCAAUGCGCACAAACCUUGGCAACCAGUAACUGUAUACGAAAGCAUAAAAAAGAAGUCGUGACAGAAGUGAAUGAUAGUAUAGCACAGUGUUUCCCAACAUUUAUUGAGCCAACCCACCAAUCAUACAUUAGGAACAUCUUACGGCACACCAGCAAACAAAAAUGUCACCCCCCCCACCAAAAAAAAACAAUAUAUGUAUACACACAGUGGUGCCUUGAGAUGAGUUGAAUUCAUUCCAUGACCAUGCUCGUAACUCAAAACACUCGUUUCCCAGAAUCAUCUUUCCCCACUUGUAUGAAUGGAAAAGCUAUUCUUUCGUUCCAGCCUUCCCCACCAAAUUUUUAAAAAAAAAUCUAUUUUAAUAAGGAAAGUAGUACUAAUAUUGUACUUCCUCCAAACAUAGUAAUAAAAUACAAUGAGAAGAAUUAAACAGUUGGUGCGUCAUGAUUAAUUCUUUGCGCCCACACCUGGUCGCUGCGACUUGGCCACAGGGCGGCAGUAUAAUACGGUCAUGUGGACAAACAAAAAGUUUCACUCAACUACUGUAAGUGACCUAGUAAUUUUCAGUAAUAUUAGUCUUUCUUUGCAGAGGAUCAAGAUGAUAAUAAGCCUGUGAGUGUUGUUAUAUUAUCUGUCUACAUGUUGUUGCACCGUUUGUUUUUAAAUAUCCGUUCCUUAAGGCGUUAUAACACUGCCACGUAGGCUAGUGGACAUUUUAAAUGUGUAAUUCCCUUUGUUUUAGGUUUAGUUUGACAGUAAACUUGAACUGGGAGUGGCAAUAAACAUUUUUUUGAAGGAUUGUUCACUGUCUGCCAAACUGCUGCUUGUUGUGAGUCGAGUUCACUGCCACCAUAACAGCGCUCGUAUCUCAUGCAAAAAAAAACAUUCAGACUACGGCUCAUAUCUCGGAAAACGUAAAAGGAAAGUAGGCUCACUCGUAUUUCGAGGCACCACUGUAUAUACUAAAAUAAUGCUCUUGUCUAAAAACAAAUGGUGGUUGGGAAUCACUGGCAUGGCAGAAUAAUGGCGAGGGGUUGUGCAACACUGAUUUACAGUAAGCAGUUAGGCAAUUGGCUUUGAAUCAAGAGCAUGCCUGGCACGGUCUCGUUUCUUUGUCACAGCUCUUCUGCUCCCAAGCCCAUGAGAGGGAAGCAAUUCCCGAGCAUUGAAUCGGUCUGUUAAACGUCACUAUUUGGGGGUGCACUGGAACACAUUUGCUAUUAAACAUUUUUUUCCCCCUUAGCUGAAUACCUUGUGUGCUUUUCUGGAACAUUGUAACCCUUGGUUGCUUUGGUUACUUUUAUUUGUUAGCGAUGACAUGUCUACUGUUUGACUCAGACCUAAUAAAGUAGGAAGUUGGUUUACUUUGCUGUUGACUGUCUUAAUAUUUACACUUGCACAGUUGAACGUCACUGUUGUUGCCACAUGAUGGCAGUGUGGUGUAAGUUUGUCAUUUGUGUUGAUUGCGCUGAUUUGAAUAAAGGCAUUCUAUAUCACA